UUUUUUUAAAUUUUGUUUUGUUUUUUAACUACCUCCUUCCUCUGGCUCUCUCUUCCUCUCUUUGCUUUGUUCCUCGCCUACUGAUACUAGACCAAGCAUGGAGAGUAACCAGCACACAGAUCUGUCUGCCGAACAACAGCCACCCCCUUCUGCAGAGAGCAACACUUCGUUGUUACCUCAUCAGAAUGGCCUGGACAAACAAACAGAGCAGAAUCCAGAGCCCAAGUCUCAGAUACCUGAGAAAGAAGCAAGUGCUGGCCCUGAAAACAUGGGGAGUGAUAUUUCUGAAGAGCUCAAUCGGCAGCUGGAAGACAUUAUAAAGACCUAUGGGUCUGCCUCCAGCCUAGUGGGGAAAGAGAGUGGUAUGAGCGAUAAGGAGAAGUCUGAGAAGGUGGAACCCUUCAACCAUGAGGAAGGGGAAUAUGAAGAUGCAAAUGAUGACAGCGAAAAAGAACCAAUAGCUGCUGGAGAAGCCCCCACAUCUGCAGUCAGGGAGCCUUUCAACAACAAGGAACAAAAACUGGAAAAGAAAAUCCUAAAAGGACUAGGCAAAGAAGCUACCCUGCUGAUGCAAAAUCUGAACAGACUGCCAACAGCUGAGGAAAAACUUGAAGUUUUAUUCAAGAAGUAUGCUGAAUUGCUGGAAGAGCACCGGGCUGAGCAGAAGCAGCUGAAGCACCUGCAGAAGAGACAGGCCCAGAUCAUCAAGGAGAAGGACCAGUUGCAGAGUGAGCACAGCAAAGCCAUCCUGGCCCGGAGUAAGCUGGAAAGUCUGUGCCGUGAGCUUCAGAGACACAACAAAACUCUCAAGGAGGAAACUCUCCAGAGGGCACGUGAGGAAGAUGAGAAAAGGAAAGAGAUCACAAGCCAUUUUCAGGGUACACUGAGUGACAUCCAGGCUCAGAUUGAGCAACAGAGUGAAAGAAACAUGACACUAUGCCAAGAAAACACAGAGCUAGCAGAGAAAUUGAAAAGCAUCAUUGAUCAGUACGAACUCAGAGAAGAGCAUCUGGAUAAAAUAUUCAAGCACCGGGAACUCCAACAGAAGCUAGUGGAUGCGAAGCUUGAACAAGCCCAAGAAAUGAUGAAGGAAGCAGAGGAGCGACACCAGCGAGAAAAGGAAUAUUUACUGAACCAAGCAGCUGAGUGGAAGCUUCAGACUAAGAUGCUGAAAGAACAAGAGACAGUCCUGCAGGCCCAGCUUACUCUCUACUCUGAGAGGUUUGAAGAGUUCCAGAAUACGCUGACAAAAAGCAAUGAGGUAUUUGCCACUUUCAAGCAGGAAAUGGAUAAAACAACGAAGAAAAUGAAAAAGCUGGAAAAGGAUACAGCCACAUGGAAAUCGAGAUUCGAAAACUGUAACAAAGCACUCCUGGACAUGAUUGAAGAGAAAGCAGUGAGGACUAAAGAAUACGAGUGCUUUGUGAUGAAAAUUGGAAGGCUAGAAAACCUCUGUAGAGCUCUGCACGAGGAGAGGAAUGAGCUAUACAAAAAAAUUAAAGAGGCCAAAAUCCCUGAAAAAGAAGAAAAUGAGAACACCUCAGAAGAAGAGUCUGACACAAAUGCCCUAGUUGAUGGAACAGUUGAUGGACAGGCAGCCAGUACUGAUGAGAAUGCCUUGAGGAAUCUGGCAACAGCUUUCAUGAUAACCCAUCAAGUGGAUGUUCCUCAUGAACAAUCCUGUGAAAACACAGAGCUGACGUUAUGUAGCCCUCAAGCUUGCAGCCCAGGGAGUUCCCUAGCCCAACCAAAUCCUCCAUCUAAGUCUGAGGAAUGUGAGGAGGCCACACUUCCACCAAAGACUGACAAUCAGUCUCUCUUACCAAGGGCAGUUUCCCAAAGUCAGUCCUUAAAGCCUAUGGCAAGGACUGACAGUCACCCCUUCCAAGCACCAGGAGAUGCAGACAGUCAAUCCCUCCCACCAAUUGGAAAGGCUCCAAGCCAGCCUCCACAAAUUGCAGCAAAUGUUGAUGGUCCACCCGCACAACCAACCCAAGAGGCUAACAGUCAGCCCUUACAGCCUAUAGCAAGUGACCAAUGUCCACUUGUGCUACCUGUUUGUGAGCCUAAUGGUCAGCUCCCACCAUCUGCAGCAGAGGGCCAAAGGCAAAUUUCACAUUGUCCAGUACAGGCUUCCGAUGUGGCAUUGAUGCCUAAGCCAGACACUGAUGUGGAAGAAGUAGAUUAAAGGCUACUUUCUGGCUGACCUCUGUGAAGUUUGCAUUUCAACUUCUACUGGUUGAUUU